AAUCUGUGGUGACUUAGUGCUGACAAGACCUGAAGUCUCAUGCAAUGAGGAUCCGUCUGAGAAGAUGGUCUCUAUUUGUAAUAACACUAGCACUGCUUGGCAUAUUCAUGUUUACAUGUAUGGUGAUAAACCUUUCCUUUUCUUAUUCCCACUCAUUGAAUGAGAACUCUGCCACAAAAAGCAUAUGGGAAAGAGACUUUGUUGGUACCAAGGAAAAAAUUGAGGACCUGAGUCGUCCAGUUUACAUUAAACCUCUCCCAAAUCCAAACUUUCCAGGAGAAUGGGGAAAGGCUGCACAUUUGUCUCUGAGUCCUGAAGAAAAAAAGAUGCAGGAGGAAAGCAUAGAAAAAUAUGCUAUUAAUAUUUAUUUGAGUGACCAGAUAUCAUUGCAUCGACAUGUACAGGAUAACAGAAUGCAUGAGUGCAGGUCCAAAACCUUCAAUUAUAGGAAACUUCCAACAACGUCUGUUAUCAUAGCAUUUUAUAAUGAGGCUUUAUCAACACUGCUUCGUACAAUACACAGCGUUUUAGAAACGUCUUCUGCAGUACUUCUGAGAGAAAUAAUAAUAGUGGAUGACUUCAGUGAUAAAGUAUUUUUAAAGUCUCAGCUGGAAAACUAUAUUAGUUCUCUGGAAAGAGUACGCUUGAUCAGGACAACAAAACGUGAAGGACUUGUACGGGCACGACUUAUUGGAGCAACUUAUGCUAUAGGUGAGGUACUCACAUUUUUGGAUUGCCAUUGUGAGUGCGUUACUGGUUGGAUAGAGCCACUUCUGGAAAGAAUUGGGGAGAAUGAAACUGCAGUUGUCUGUCCGGUGAUUGAUACCAUUGACUGGAACACAUUUGAGUUUUACAUGCAGACAGGGCAACCAAUGAUUGGAGGAUUUGACUGGCGGCUUACUUUCCAGUGGCAUGCUGUUCCCGAGCAGGAACAACAAAGAAGGAAAUCCAGGAUAGAUCCAAUAAGAUCUCCAACUAUGGCUGGUGGAUUGUUUGCAGUGAGUAAGAAAUAUUUUGAAUACCUUGGAACUUAUGACAUGGGAAUGGAAGUUUGGGGAGGAGAAAACCUGGAACUUUCAUUUAGGGCAUGGCAAUGUGGUGGCACAUUAGAAAUUCACCCAUGCUCUCAUGUUGGACAUGUCUUUCCCAAGAAGGCUCCUUAUGCAAGACCAAACUUCCUACAAAACACAGCUCGUGCUGCUGAGGUGUGGAUGGACAAUUAUAAAGAGCAUUUUUAUAACCGAAACCCACCUGCCAGAAAGGAAAAAUAUGGUGAUAUUUCUGAGCGUAAACUGCUCAGAGAGAGACUGCAGUGCAAGAGUUUUGAUUGGUACUUGAGAAAUGUUUUUCCAGAAUUGCAUGUGCCUGAAGAUCGGCCGGGCUGGCAUGGGGCGGUGCGGAGUAUGGGCAUAUUGUCAGAGUGUCUAGAUUAUAAUGCUCCAGAUCAUAAUCCUGUUGGGGCGCAUGUCUCUCUCUUUGGAUGUCACGGGCAAGGUGGCAAUCAGUUUUUUGAAUACACAACAAACAAAGAGAUUCGCUUCAAUUCAGUAACUGAACUAUGUGCAGAAGUUCCUGAACAUCAGACACAUAUUGGUAUGACCCAUUGUCCUAAAGACGGCAAUUCUUUUCCAGAAAAUAUCAUUUGGGAAUUUAAAGAUGAUGGAUCCAUCUAUCAUCCACAUUCAGGGAUGUGUAUUAGUUCAUUCCGUACAUCAGAAGGUCGAGCAGAUGUGCAGAUGAAACCUUGUAACUCUUUAGAUAAAAACCAGAUCUGGAAGUUUGAAAGGUAGAAACUCUGUAAAACCUGCAAAUUUGGGCAGAAGUCUGCAUAGCAAUUCCCUCAGGCCUU